UGUAAAAAAAGAAGCUGAUCCCUUUGUCUAAAAAAACUGACCCCUUCCCGAAUACCGGCCACUGGAAAAAUGGCGGAGGUCGCCGGCGACGAGACCCCACCGCUACCUUCGUCUUCCGGCGCCGGUGAAUCCUCUCUCCUCUCGUCCCCUACCUCGCCCACCGCCACCAACGGGGACAAGCCGCCGCCGCGCACGAGGAAGCCCGGCACGAAGCGCCUCGUUCUCACUGCCUCGGUCCUCCUCUCCUUCCUCGUCGGACUGCCCUUGCUGCUCAAAUCCACCGAGAUCCACCGGUCGCCGCUGCCCUCCGACGCAAUCGCCGGCCUGUCCCGCCGCCUCCAAUCCCACCCGCCCUUCUUUCCCCGCGGCCUCCACGCGGUCUUCCUCCGCUCCGGCCCUGGCUCCCCCGCCGCGUCCCUUGCCGAUCAGCUCGAGCUGGCAGUCUCGACCCAGCACCACCUCCUCCCCGCGUCUUCUACUGCCAGGAACAUCUCCGUGUCAGUCGCCGUCCAGUCGGACUCGGACGGUGGCUGCACCAGCAGCACGGCUGCCGCUUUGCCUUGGCGAUGCGGCUCCGUGACCGCAGCGGACUCGGUCGGCGGUGACGAGGCGUUCGAUGAAUUGCUGCACUCCGCAUUGGGUGGUGGUGGUGGGGAUGGGAUGAAGGUUUACACUAUUGUCAUUGCUGAGAAUGAUGAUGGGAAGGGAACAACGAGGGUUGUGAUCGGAAAGCACCGUCAUGCUUGGGUGGUUGGGAAGGUUGAUGAGGCUGAGACCGUGUCACUUAUUGGCAAGGUGUUCAUCAAGUAUUUCAUGAAUGACGGUAUUGAGGAGGGCGAGACAGGCAUUGGAAAAGGAGAGUUCUUGCCAGUUGAUUCAGAUGGGAAUGUUGUUCUUUCAUUCAGCCUGUUGAACGCUGAUCCAAUUGAUUGGGUCUAUGAUUGGGAGUUCAAAAAUAUUGGCGAGAGAAUCCUGACUCCUGUGGUUGAGGCCCUGCGACCAAUUGCCGAUAUCAAUAUAGAGAGUCAGGUUCUCUACCACACUCCGAAGUCGUCCUAUUCGAACUAUGAAGAAGCGAUGGCGGGCCCGGAUUUCGACAAAUGGCUGGAAGCCAUGAAAUCCGAGAUAGGAUCCAUGUACAAAUGA